AUGUCAUUAUUUAAAAUGAUAUUUUUCAAAGUUAAUAUCAACUUACACAAUGUAACAAAUCGCAUGAAAUCAUAAGCAUUUAAAGGUUACAGAAUUUUUUUGUAUAUCAUGCGCAUAAUGUACGUUCAAGUGUGAUUUUUAGCAGAUCCUGAUUCAGUAUUUAGGGCCAGUAUAUACUGGCCAAUGACUAAUGUAAGUAAAACAAUGUAGAUAUUUUCACUAUUCUAGUUCAAAACAUUGGGUUUUCCCUAAAUGAAACUAUUUCUCUUUCACUCUCUGUUAUGUUACACUUUCAUAGAGCGAUCAUUUUUUCUUUUUUUUUAAUAAUAUUUCCUAAAUUGAAAUGUUUACAUUUCAAAACUUACCAGAACAAAUAGUCAGUACGUAUGGUCACCUUAAGCUUUUGGCACCUGUCAAUUAGAUAAGUCAAACCUGUCAAAAGAUAGCAGGGAAUAUCCGAUGGAAAAUCUAUUAUCUAAUGAUAAAUAUAUUAUUUUCAAUAAAUAUAUAAGUAAAGAACGACGUAAUAUCUUCGAUAUGAUAAUCGACAAGUGAUAAUCUAUCAUAUAUCUAUAUGUACUGAUUUCAAUUAUAAAAAAAGACGACAGAGGUCGUCAUGUCCGCAUGAUCGUGUGAUACAGAGGUUAUCUAUUUGAUAUUUCUUAUUAAAUACAAUUCUGUCUUCUUCCAACUAUUUAUAUAUUAUGCGUAUAUAUGUAUGCACAAAAAGGAUAUAACAUGAUGCAAGGUGAAACGAACAAAAGAUCAAUGAAUUGGGGACCAACGUUUGAAUUAUCAGAAAAAGCAUUGGAGGAGUUUCACAAAUGUGUAGGAGGUCCAGAAGUAAAAAAGCAAAAUUUAUUUGGGUUUCUACUUGGUACUUGUCUCGGAUCAGCUAUACCAAUACUGGCGAAACCGUUCAAAAAAAUUUCUCUAGUUUUUCCUGUAUUCGGAGGCAUAUACGGAUUUAUGAUAUCAAAUUAUUUAAGCAGUAAAGAAUGUUUACUACAAGCCUUACAGACUGAAAACGAUUCAUCUAAGUUUGUUGUUAUGUCUAGGGAGCAUAACUCUUCCCAAUUAGAAAAACCAUUUGAACUGAAAAGAGGAUCUCAAAUGGAUAUAGAAACUUUUCAACAAAUAGAUCAGCAAGAAGAUUUUCCUUCUAUUAAUGCUGGUGAAUAUCAACCAAAUGCGAAUGUUGAUGGACCAGAAAAGAAAAUGUCCAAAGGGAUAACUUACGAUGAGUUACGACAGAAAAACAGAGAUAGUUAUCGACCAGGGCAAAUAAAACUAAUAAGACAAAGAGUACAACGAUCAGUCGACUCAAGUGAAAAUCAGUCCUCGCAAAGCCAAGACUUUAAAUCAGGUUUCAACGAAGAAUCUGAUCUUCUCCCUUUAACGAGUGAUACUGGGAAAAACAAAACCAAAUACGGAGACAUAUGGGAUUGAAUGAAUGAAAAUAGCGGAAACAUUUGUUUCUUCUGUAUAUGUGCAUGCGACUACUAUAGAAAAAUAUUUAAGUAACACUUAAUUUGUUAAUUGUGAAUUAUCAUGAAAUGUGAAUAUUAUGUAGAUAAUUAAUAGUCUGGUUUAUAUACAAAAUAUUGCUAAUUUCGGUUUUUUUUUCUUUUCUGCUCUUGACAAUUAUAAUGACGAAUUGUUUUCAUACUCAAUUUCCCAAUUAUAUAAAAUGCAAAUGAUUGAAUAUACAUCUAUAUGCAAAUCUAAA